AUGGUGAUUCCAACCUCGUUCGAGUGGCAGUGGAGGAUUCUUAUGAUUUUGCAAUUGCUGCCCUCGACUAUCUUGCUGAUCGGCUAUUCAUUUUGCCCCGAAAGCCCUCGGUUCUUCAUGAUGCGAGGACAGGUCACAGCUGCCCGAGAGAGUCUGAUCAGCCCCCGGGGAGGGCUGGACGAAAGUGAUCCCUACUUCGCGCAGGAGUACACCGAGCUGCGAAACAAAGUCGACCAGAGCGACGACACGGCUACACACGGCCCAUGGCAAGCGAUGAAGCGGUCAUGCCGCAGAUUAGCAGAGGAUAAGACCUUUCGCAGGGUCCUCAUUCUAGUCAUGUUCGUUCAGAUAUUCUUCAUCAUGUCCGGAGGCAACUCGAUUACCUACUACGCGCCCACCGUCCUCGAAUCAAUUGGGUUCAACGCUGAGAAAGUCCUCCUCUUCACCGCGGUCUACGGAACGAUAAAUAUCCACUCCGUGUUCCUAUAUGCCUUCUUACUCACCGAGCGGUUCGGACGCCGCCCGCUUUUGCUGACCGGCUCCCACCCCACCGCGGCGGCGAUAAUCGCGGUAAUCGCCCUAUAUGUCUUUGCAAUCGGCUACGGAUUCGGGUGGGCUCCCGCGUUCUCUCUGACAGCGUCCGAGAUCUGUUCUACCAGCAUGCGCGACACGGCAAUCACGAUCACCUUUACCUACCAGAACCUACUCUACUUCGGCAUUACGCGAGGCUUCCCGAAUACGACUGUGGCCAUGCAUUCCCGGGGCCCGUUCGCUCUCUUCACCGCGUGCACCUUCUGGGGUACCACCUGGGUGUUCUUCGCGGUUCCGGAGUGCAAAGGCAGGAGGAGUAUGGAAAGAACUGAUGCCCUGAUGGCUCUUCCGUGGUAUAAGGCGGGCUUUGACCCUGUACCGCCUCCGCAGCCUUUGUCUGACGCAAGUACCGAGGAUGUGGAGAAGAACGCUUACUCGGAGCAUGAGGAGACGGUGGAGGUGGGACGGCUUUAG